GUUCGACGGCGCGGCCAUGGCCGCCCUUAACGGCGCUGUGGAGAACGGGCAGCCCGACAGGAAAGCGCCGCCGCUGCCGAGGCCCCUGCGCGGCCUGGAGGUGAAGUACACCAAGAUAUUUAUUAACAACGAAUGGCAUGAGUCUACAAGUGGAAAAAAAUUCCCCACCUACAACCCUUCAACACUGGAGAAAAUUUGUGACAUAGAGGAAGGAGACAAGCCUGAUGUGGAUAAUGCAGUGGAAGCAGCAAAGGCAGCAUUCCAGAGGGGUUCUCCGUGGAGACAGAUGGAUGCCCUGAGCAGAGGACGACUCCUCCACAAGCUGGCUGAUCUUCUCGAGCGGGACAGAGUCAUCCUGGCAACCCUGGAAACAAUGGACACAGGCAAACCCUUUCUGCAGGCUUAUUUCAUUGACCUGGAAGGGUGUAUAAAAACACUCCGAUAUUAUGCUGGAUGGGCUGAUAAAAUCCAGGGCAGAACUAUCCCAGUGGAUGACAAUUUUGUCUGUUUUACCAGGCAUGAACCAAUGGGUGUCUGUGGAGCUAUAACUCCAUGGAACUUCCCGUUGCUGAUGCUGGUUUGGAAGAUGGCACCGGCGCUGUGCUGUGGAAACACUUUGGUUAUUAAGCCAGCUGAACAAACUCCUCUCACUUCGUUGUACAUUGGCUCGCUGAUCAAGGAGGUGGGUUUCCCUCCAGGUGUGGUGAACAUUGUGCCAGGCUACGGCCCCACAGCUGGAGCUGCCAUAUCUACCCAUCACAGCAUUGAUAAAAUUGCUUUUACUGGAUCAACAAAGGUUGGGAAACUGAUCAAGGAAGCUGCUUCUAAAAGCAACCUCAAAAGGGUGACAUUAGAGCUUGGAGGGAAAAACCCCUGCAUUGUGUGUGCAGAUGCAGACUUGGACUUGGCAGUGGAAUGUGCCCAUCAAGGCGUGUUCUUCAACCAAGGGCAGUGCUGCACAGCCGCCUCUCGAGUGUUCGUGGAGGAGCAGAUCUACCCUGAGUUUGUCAAGCGCAGCGUGGAGUAUGCCAAGAAGCGACUCGUUGGAGACCCCUUUGAUGCCAGAACUGAACAGGGGCCCCAGAUUGACCAAAACCAGUUUGAUAAAAUCCUGGAGCUGAUAGAAAGUGGCAAGAAAGAAGGGGCUAAGCUGGAGUGUGGGGGUCUUGCCAUUGAAGACAGAGGCCUGUUUAUAAAACCCACUGUGUUUUCAGAGGUCACUGACAACAUGCGUAUCGCCAAAGAAGAGAUUUUUGGGCCAGUUCAGCCAAUUAUGAAGUUCAAGAGUAUAGAAGAGGUCAUAAGGAGAGCCAACAGUACUGAGUAUGGACUCACAGCUGCAGUGUUCACAAAGAAUCUGGACAGAGCAUUAACACUAGCUUCAGCAUUGCAGUCAGGAACAGUCUGGAUCAACUGUUACAACGCACUCUAUGCACAGGCUCCUUUUGGUGGCUUUAAAAUGUCAGGCAAUGGCAGAGAACUCGGUGAAUAUGCUCUGGCAGAAUAUACCGAAGUGAAAACAGUCACCAUCAAACUCUCCCAGAAGAGCCCAUGAAAGCAGAAGGCCUGAAUGUGACACUGAAUGUGGCACCUGGGGGAUGUGUUCAGAGCAAAGGGGAGGGGAGGGGAGGAAGGAGAAUGGAAACACUUAACUUUAUUCCUCUAGAAACACUGAAUCUACUGGACUCCAUUUUGCCAGCUGGCUCUUUGAAAACCGAUUUAACUGACCCUACUGGCAGCGCAGCACACACUUGUAUGGCACAAGUCCCUGGCUGUCCAUCUGUCUGCUACCUGUGACAGUGUUUGCAGGACUUUGCUUUCAAACUGUACCCCUGAAGGACGUGAACAUCAGUGGCAUGUUAGACAAGCUUCUGGUACUGUUAGUGUGAGGUGUCCCUGCCCAUGGCAGGGGGUUGGAAAUAGAUGAUCUUCAGGUCCUUUCCAACCUUAACUAUUCUAUGAUUCUAUAUGGGUUUCACUUGGCUUAAAUGGACUUGAGUGGUUGGGUUAAUACAACGUGACUGAAGUUGGCAGAGUUUGUGUGAAGACUGCAGCUGGAGUUCAGAAUUUCAAGCUUUCAUGGAAGGAUUUGUAAAGAAAUUCCCUUUGAAAGAGCUAUUUUUGUCUCUCUAAAGAUACAUGCGUUCUCCAUAGUGGUGAUAUUCUAGCCCUGAAUGAGAUUUGUGGGAGUUUCCUAGAGGACUCCUUUAGGGCCUGUAUUUCACCCAACAGAGCUAGACUUUAAAGUGUCCUUGGAACCUGAUGUCCUGGUGUGCACACGUGCUGCAAAUGCAAGGUACUGACUUUCUAACCCUUCUAGCUCCAAAUGAGUCAUCAUUGUAUCUCAAACCUUCACUAUAGCACUUUUUGCAAGAGGAUUUUGCACUGUACUUACCAUGAUGGCACCGAGUUGAAUGCUAAGCAUGUAGCAUGGUAGAUACCCCACAGAAAAUACCCCACACCAGUUCUCCUGACUUGGGGGAGGGAGCUGAAGAGCUGCAAGAAGCUGUCCUGCUUGCUCUUUCUUUGUAACUUUCAGGCUUUAUGAACAUCUCUUCACUUUUUGAGCCAGAAUUAUCAUUAUCAGAGUAAAACUUACAAGCUCUCCUCACUGCUUUUUUAUCCCAUAUGAAUAUAGCUUAAAAUACAUUUCUGGAAGUACAGUAGGAAAAGGCAGGUGCUCCCAAGUACACACUCAGUGCUAAAGAUGUGGGUGUACAAGCAGUUAUCAUGGAAUAAGCUAUGGCUGGACUUAAAUGUGUCAGCAGCUUUGCAGUACUGUGAGUACUGUCAUCUUGUGGCAAGCACAGAGUAGCUGGUCCUUCACCGAGACCUAAACUGCCUUGAGCUAUAUAAGCAUGCUCAUACAUGAAUAGCAUCCGGGGAGUGGCUGUCACACCAAGUUCAUGCCUUAAGUCUCUCCUGCAGUAACUUCUUUGCAUGCUCAUUCUUUACUAUGAGAUUAAUGACAAGCCACCAGUUCCUGGGCUCUCCCUCCUCUUCCUGCUGAUUCUGUACCGGAGAACCACUGGCAAGAGUAUGGGAAGUUCCACGUUUGCAGGAGCUGUGAGUAUGCAGGAGUUAGUGGUGCCAGCUUGUUAGGGAGUUCAGCUGAUCUCACUGGCAUUGUCCUCUGAGAGCAAACCAACAGAGGUUCCUUACAGCCAUCAACAGAUCUCCAUGGAUAAAGAUUCCUGCCUGGAGCCUUCCAGAUGUCAGUGCCUGAAGCAGAAAUGCAGGUCUAACCUCUCUUCUCUGAUGCAAGCAAGGAUUUAACCAGUACUUUCCUUAGCUCAGAGAUGUACCCAGUCAGUAACAAGUUCUGCUGCAUGAGUGGCCCUUUUUUUUUGGAGGAGGAAGGAGGUGGUAAGUAAGGAAAAAGUUUGCAUGAGCUUAAACUUCCUUGUUAGUGAACAUUGAAAUUGCACUUCAACCCUGCUUAACUUCUUAAAUGACAUACCUCCACCAGCAGUGCGUAACACAGGCAUGUGAGACAGGUAAAUCUCCCCAUCCAGUGAAGGAAAUGUCCUCCCUUCCCCAUGAAAGGCCAAAUGGGAACACUGUAAAUAAGUUUCUAUGUUUUGUAAAACACUUUAAGAGUGCAAACAAUGUCUCAGACAAACAUUUUACUUUUGCCUACUGGUUGGUUUUCUAGGGCUGCAGUCAGGAGGGAGAGAAGGCAAACAGUAAAAGGCUGGUUAUCUUGCUCUGUCUCUGUGUUUUUGAUGGACAGUGGUUGAAACCCAAAUCAGCUGAGGUUCUGAAGUUCCUAGGAUUCUGGCUUUAUAUGUAUGAUAUAUAUUUCACCUCCUUUUUCUUAUCAAGUUUUUAAAAAGUCAAUGUAUCUCUUAUUGUAUAAAUCAGGGUUUGACUCUACACACUGAAUUUUGUAAGUUAUAUAACACUAGACACUAACUUUAAGAUAACCCCUUAGCGGGUAUAUAUUCUUCCAUUGCACACCAAGGCUUUCAUAUGAAAUACUAGGUUUGGGGUUUUAUAUUAAAAAAGAACUAUAUUUAUAAAUUAGGAGACAGUUAAUCUAAUGUAUUUUUAUAGCUAAAGGUACAGGCAAACGCUAUGUUUAAACCUCAUGUAUAUAUUUAGACU